UUUCCAGGUAAAAAUCUCUCAAAUUCUUUCUCAUUGAUUGCUACUUGUGGGUACUUCUGAUUUUUGCUUAAUUUAAUCCCAGUUCUUUGAUUUGAUUUAACAUGUAUCUAAAAGAUGGAUGUUCUCUAUUGUUGAAAGUUCAAAAACCCUUAAUCCCAUUUCUUCUCAACAAAAGAAAUUCAAUCCCUAAUCUUAAACCUUACCUUGAAACCAAUAAAAACAAUCUCAAAGAACAUCAAGUAGUAAAGAACUUGAUAAAUGAACCUGAUAUUAGCUUAGCCUCGAGUUAUUUCAAUUAUAUUUCCAAUUCAAACAUUUUCAGACAUACCCCACUUACUUACAGAAUUAUGGCUCAAAAAAUUGGGAAAUAUGGGGAUUUAGAUGGUGUUCAAUAUUUGAUGCAACAAAUGAAAUUAGAAGGUGUUAGUUGUUCUGAGGAUAUGUUUGUUGAUUUGAUUAGUUAUUAUACGAAUGUGGGUUUAGCUGAACAGGCUUUGAAAAUGUUCUAUAGGAUUCGGGAUUUCAACUGUAAGCCAACAGUUAAGAUUUAUAAUUGUUUGUUAGAUGCUUUGUUGAUUGAGAAUAGGUUUAAGAUGAUAAAUCCCCUUUAUAGUAACAUGAAAAAAGAUGGGCUAGAGCCUAAUGUGUUCACUUAUAAUGUUCUAAUAAAAGCAUUGUGCAAAAAUGCUCGAAUCGAUGGUGCACGUAAGGUGCUUGUAGAAAUGUCUAAGAAGGGUUGUAAUGCGGAUGAUGUGAGCUACACAACAAUCAUUUCAUCCCUUUGCAAGAAUGGGAAAGUUGAAGAAGCUAAGGAGCUUUCAAAGUCUUUCGACCCGGUUGUACCCGUUUAUAAUGCUUUGAUAAGUGGUUAUUGUAAAGAAUGCAACUUUGAGGAGGUAUUUGCCUUAUUGGAUGAAAUUUCGGAAAGAGGUGUCGAUCCUAAUGAGAUAACAUACACAAUUAUAAUCAAUGCUCUUUGUGAUAUUGGGAAGGUUGAGUUGUCAAUGGCUGUAUUAGGGAAAAUGUUUAUGAAAGGAUGCAAACCCAAUAUUUAUACAUUUUCUUCACUGAUCAAGGGCUUCUUCUUUAGAGGUAGACGGCGUGAGGGGUAUUAUGUGUGGGAGAGAAUGGUACGGGAGGGAGUUGUACCUAAUGUUGUUGCUUAUAACACUUUAAUACAUGGGCUAUGCGCGAAUAGUUUUAUGGCUGAAGCUGCGGUUCUUCUUCAUGAAAUGGAGAGGAAGGGCUGCAUACCAAAUGUGACUACCUAUAGUACCCUUAUAGGUGGUUUUGCAAAGUCGAACAAUUUGUCUGGUGCAUCUGAAAUAUGGAACCGGAUGAUUCAAAGUGGCUGCCACCCAAAUGUUGUUACAUAUACAUGCAUGGUGGAUACCCUUUGUCAAGCCGAAAUGUUUGGCCAGGCUCAAGAUCUAAUUGAGAAUAUGCUGCGCGGAAACUGCAAGCCUAAUACUUUGACGUUUAACACAUUCAUACGAGGAUUAUGCCAUGGUGGAAGAGUUGAUUGGGCUAUGAAGACGUUUUUGACAAUGAGAAGGCAUGCUUGCUUUCCUGACAUUACGACGUAUAAUGAGCUUUUGGAUGGUAUUUUCAGAUCAAACUGUUUAGAAAAGAUUGUUGGGAUAUAUAAGGAGAUGGAAAAAACCGAGACCAAGUGGAAUUUAACAACGUUCAAUACAACUAUAUAUGGGAUGUGUCGACUGGGAAACUUUAAGGAGGCACUACUGGUGGUAGGAAAAAUGUUGAGAAAUGGGACUAAACCCGAUAUUAUUACGUUCAAUUCUUUGAUUAGUGCUUACUGUCAGCAUGGAGACAUCGAAAGGGCUAUUCGAUUAAUGGAUGGAAUGACAGCAGGAGAGUUUCGCCCAGACGUAGUUUCUUACAGUUGCAUUAUACAUGGUUUCUGUAAGUGGAAUAGUAUAGGAAAUGCUAUGAACUUUUUACAAAAGAUGAUGGAUGAAGGAUUUGUUCCAAACAUAGCUACAUGGGAUAUUUUGGUUCGAACCGUGUUAAGCUACACUAAAUGUUUCUACCAAGAAACCAUUAAUGAUCUGCAUAUGGUCUUAAGAGAAUAACUUUGAUAGGUUAUGUGUAUUCUCUUUCUCAUUUGAACUGUGAAACUGAGCGACCUCUUCUGGAAACCUACUCUAUUUUGGGUAAAGGAUGCACCAUAUAACCAGGGUGUCUUAUUUUGGGUAUACUCGAACCACCGUUAUUUACUGUGAAAAUGCUGCUUAUCCCUCUUUACAUAUUCAUUUACUUUUGUGAAAGACUGUCUCUUGGUGUGAUAGACUUAAAAAAAAAGCACAUAUACUCAUUACUUGGUACUAGUUGGACUAUUUAACCCAUGUAUAAAAGACGUCUCACAGGAGACUAUCUCAUACAACAAUUUCUGUUAAUCAAUCAUCAUUUGGCUGGUAUGAAUUUUGGUUAAGCAUACUUGGGCUUACAAAUUUUGUUUCAGAAUCUGUUAGUGUUAGUGCCAAAGCAACUAUAUGUGACGGUGAUGACUUGAUAACUCGAGCCAAAGCACAUCAUGUUGUGAACAAUGAUGAGGGUGUAAAGGAACUGAGUGCAUUAAUAGUGGGGCUUCAAGGGAGCUACACAAGAGGGUCUUCGGUGUGUCUUGAUGAUGGUGCAAUAAAGAACAAGAAUGUGGAGCAAAUGAGAGACAUUGUGCAAACCAAGGGAAGCUUUGAUCAUGGCAAGAAUAGGCUUUACUAAGGUGUUGGACCAUGCCUUGAAAGAGGCAAGGCAAGGGGAGGUUUGCCUGGAACGAGGCAAAGGCACGCAACAAACAUUGAGCGUGUAGGAGAAGCUGCUCGUUCGAACAACCCUUGGGCUCGUUUGAACAACACAGUUAGUGACAUCCAUUGAAUGACUGGAGUAGGGUGCUCGUUCGAGCAAUGUGGCUUGCUCGUUCGAGUGGCAGUUCAGGAAGCCAAACAGUCAGUUUUGUGUUUCGGCUUUUUUCUUAAGGCUGCCAUGAAAGCUACGAGUUAUUGUUGUUCUAGAAUGUUGUAUGCUAUAUUUGAAGGGCUUAGAGCUUAAUUAGAAUGAGUAAGGUGAAAGGGGCUAAUACAUAGAGAGGAGGCUAAAAUGACUUUUUCUUUGCCUUACUAUUGAGGGUGAUCUCCAUUGUAAGAUGGGAUCUUUGUGUUGAAAGUUUGUUCUCAAGUGUGAAAGUUUAUUCAUUGAUUUAUUGUUGAAUCCAAUAAUAAAAGUUAACAUUAUUUAGGAGGAGAUAUCCAAAAUACCUAA